CGGUGACCAUGGUUACCACAUAGGCAGAAAUGGAAGGUGUGUGCACAGGUAACAGGCAGGAAGAGAAUAUACUUUCACUGCCAAAGCACAACGGAGUCUUCGAGAAAGACGAGAAAGAAACCGAGUUGGCUUUAGAGACAGUCGUUGGGGUAUCGGCACAGUUUGCUAUCAUUCCUUCCUUCGACCGGUGCAACCCAGCAAUCAAUCCAUUUCACCCCUGCCGGCUAAUCACGCCACCUUGCCCCGUCAAUCAUCAAAGGAAUUCAAAUUCUCCAUAAAAUGCCAUCUUAUCCAAAUUAUUCCAAUUCUCUCCGACUAUUUUCCAAAUUUUUCUAGAUUCAUUCGGAAAAAAGAAAAAAAAGGAGAAAAACAAGAAAAAAAAAGAAAAACCAGAAAAUAUAGAAAAACAUCCCACUCAUUAUAGCGAUUAAUUUUUUUUCCUUCGUCGUAUUUUUCGAAAAGAAUUCAAAUCUAAAAAUCACGAUUAGGAGCCUGGCAAAAAGAAGAAUGUGACUAGUGAUAAAAAUAAAGUGUAUUUUUUUUUUAAGUGAAGAGUUCCUAAUUCACGAAAAAUUAUUAAUGUCCAAGAAAAAAGGAAAGUGUGAACAUCAUCAACCGCCUCAGGAUUCUGUCAAGGACGUGACAAUUUACGGAAGUCGGUCAGGAUCGUAGGCCCGUGGAAUAGGCGGAAGUGACACUUAAACAAUUAUUUUACAUGGAUAAAAGAACUUUUUGAAAAGAGCGCAGGAAAUUAAACACUGAUUGAGACUUUACGAGGAAGAACGAAGGUGCCAGUUGCAAUUUGAACGAAAGUGAACCAUCAAUACAGCCACUAACUAUGAGAUGUGAUUGGUUGGGAAAAUCAAAAAUCCAAAGAUGCUUCUCUAACACAAAAGUCCAUCAAUUAUAAGAUGUGCAGACCAAGUAGUGGCCGAGGUCUCGAAAGAAAAAGGUUGAGGCCUCCAGAUUUACUGCCCUGACAAAUCGAAAUUCACCAAAAAAGGAAUUCCCCUCUACGAAAUACAAAAAACAAAACCAAAUUAAAAAAAAAAAAAUUAUUGAUAGGAAUGAAACAAGGUUUCAGCAAUUGUGACAGAAAUGGUUUUCAGCGCUAUUGUCGUGACGUCAGCUUUGAAGGGAGCUCUCGGUCUUGUUGGUUCAAGUCUCUGGCUUGUACCACUAUUGAUCGCCGGUCUCUCAUUCUAUCGCUACGAUCAGCUGGAUCCUGAGAGUAAGCCAAUCAACAGGUAUCCAUUGGAUUUGGAGUAUGAUUUCAUUGUUGUUGGUGGUGGAUCGGCUGGUGCCGUGGUGGCGAGUCGAUUAUCAGAAAUACCCGAGUGGACAACACUUCUCCUCGAGGCUGGACCCGAUGAGAAUGAAAUCACCGAUGUACCAUCGCUGGCUGCCUAUUUGCAGCUGACAAAAUUAGACUGGAAAUAUAAAACGGAACCAACUGAGGCUGCAUGCUUGGCUAUGAAAAAUCGACGAUGUAACUGGCCGCGAGGGAAGGUUUUAGGUGGUUCCAGUGUACUGAAUUAUAUGCUCUAUGUUCGUGGGAAUAGACACGACUAUGACUAUUGGGAGUCGUUGGGAAAUCCAGGUUGGGGCUACGAUCAGGCUCUCUACUAUUUCAAGAAGUCUGAGGACAAUCGGAAUCCGUAUUUGAUGAAUAGUCCGUAUCAUGGUUCGGGGGGCUUCUUGACUGUUCAGGAAUCACCGUGGCGGACGCCAUUGGCCGUGGCUUUUGUGCAAGCUGGAAUGGAGAUUGGAUACGAAAAUAGGGACAUCAAUGGGGAAAUCCAAACUGGAUUUAUGCUGUCUCAAGGAACAAUUCGCCGCGGUACAAGAUGUUCAACAGCGAAAGCCUUCAUUCGCCCGGUGAGAUUGCGAAGAAAUUUCCACACGGCAUUGAAUGCUCACGUGACAAAGAUUGUUAUCGAUUCUGAAACAAUGAGAGCAACGGGCGUGGAGUUCUAUCGUGAUGGAAGAAAACAAUUUAUCGGCGCACGAAAGGAAGUGAUUCUUUCAGCAGGCGCAGUCAAUAGUCCCCAGUUGUUGAUGCUGUCUGGCAUUGGACCCAAGGAACACCUACAGGAACUUGGAAUUCCAGUGCUGCGUGACUUGAAAGUGGGCGACAAUCUCCAGGAUCAUGUGGGAAUGGGUGGAUUAACAUUUCUAAUAGACAAACCAGUGUCAAUUGUUCAAAAUCGCUUUCAAGCAGCACCAAUGACAUUGCAGUAUGUUGCCAACGGAAGAGGUCCAAUGACAUCAUUAGGUGGCGUCGAAGCCUAUGCUUUUGUCAAUACAAAAUAUGCGAAUGCAAGUGGAUUGUUUCCGGAUGUACAAUUUCACAUGGCACCGGCGUCGAUAGCUUCGGAUUCGGGCAUUCAAGUGAGAAAAGUACUGGGCAUCACUGACGAGGUCUACAACACUGUUUUCAGACCAAUAGCCAAUAAGGACGCGUGGACAAUAAUGCCCCUUUUAUUGCGACCCAAAUCACGUGGGACAAUUAGAUUAAGUAGCUCGAAUCCCUUUCAGAAUCCCAUCAUCAAUCCGAAUUACUUCGACGAUCCUUUGGAUAUCGCGACGUUGGUCGAGGGUGCAAAGAUAGCGAUGAGAGUCAGUGAGGCGAAGGUCUUCAAGCAAUUUGGUUCACGAGUGCAUAGAAUCAAAAUUCCAGGUUGCAAGCAUUUGAAAUUUGGAUCUGAUGCCUAUUGGGAAUGUCAUACCAGACACAUAUCGAUGACAAUUUAUCAUCCAGUUGGUACGGCAAAAAUGGGACCUGCUCACGAUCCGGAAGCUGUGGUCGAUCCAAGAUUAAGAGUCUACGGUGUUGGUGGAUUGAGAGUUAUAGACGCAUCUAUCAUGCCAACUAUAUCCAGUGGCAAUACAAACGCGCCGGUUAUCAUGAUCGGCGAGAAAGGUGCUGAUCUUAUCAAAAGUGACUGGCUGGAUCUUACGGUCAACAUGUCUCGUAGGAAAACAUUUUUAUUAAUUAACAUUUUUCUCUUAUCAACAAUAAUAAAUCUCGUCAAAUGUCAACAAAAAUCAUACGAGCAAACAUAUCAAAAUCUCUUUCAAAAUGAUGGACAAAUACCAUUUUUGCAACAUUUAUUAAAAUUAGGUGCCGGUGCCCUAAGAUUUUUAACCGAAGGACAAGAGUACAUGAAUAGAGAAUUACCCGACAUAUCGCCGGAGAAAAAUGCACUUUUCGAUUUUAUUGUCAUUGGCGCUGGCAGUGCGGGUGCAACAAUGGCAUCGAGACUCAGUGAAAUAGAUAAUUCCAAAGUGCUACUAAUUGAAGCUGGACGGAGUGAGAAUUUACUGAUGGACAUACCUUUGUUAGUGAAUAUGUUGCAAUUUAGCGAUGAUAUUAAUUGGAAGUACAAGACGGAAAAAUCGGAGAAUUAUUGCUUGGGUAUGAAGGAUAAAAGAUGUAAUUGGCCCCGGGGGAAAGUGAUGGGUGGUAGUAGUGUUUUGAACUACAUGAUAGCUACCAGAGGGGACCCACGUGACUAUGACAAUUGGUCGAGGUUAGGAAACAACGGUUGGUCGUAUGAAGAGCUACUUCCUUAUUUUAAAAAAUUGGAGAAAUUAAAUAUACCGAAACUGAGAAAUGAUAGUGAAAUGCAUGGUACUGAUGGUCCUUUGGACCUAGCAUAUCCUCCGUACCAUACUCCGUUAGCAGAGGCUUUUUUGAAAGCAGGCCUAGAAAUGGGUUAUCCACUAAUCGACUACAAUGGUCGGGAAAGAAUUGGAUUUUCCUACAUUCAAGCGACGUUAAAAAACGGAGAAAGAAUGAGCACGAACCGAGCUUACCUCCACCUGGCGAACGGCAGGAAGAAUCUCUUCGUCACAAAAAACAGCAUCGUGGAAAAAAUCAUCAUAGAUCCGAAAACAAAACGAACUUUGGGUGUUCAAUUCAAAAAGCGAGGCGUCAGCAAAAAGGUCUACGUGAAAAAAGAAGUGAUCCUUUGUGCCGGAGCAAUUGGCUCACCCCAAAUACUCAUGCUCUCGGGAAUAGGCCCUAAAGACCACCUCCGAGAAAUGGGAAUCCCCCUCAUUAAAUCCGCACCCGUUGGCGAAAAUCUAAUGGACCACAUUGCCUACGGUGGUCUCGUAUUCCUAGUAAAUCAAUCAGUCGCCAUUCUACCAGAACUCGUCUCAAAUCCCGUACAACCAUACAUUCAGGACUAUCUCAACAGACGCUAUGGACCACUAACAGUUCCCGGUUGCGUAGAAGCCCUCUCCUUCAUGGACGUCGAUAAACCCACAAACAUCGACAGUUUCCCCAACAUCGAACUCCUCUUCAUUGGCACAUCACUAAUCGCCGGCGGUGGUUUCUAUCAAAACGUCGGCAUUUCCGAAGAACAUUGGCAGGGGAUCUUCAGUAAAAUAAAAGGUCACAAUUCCUGGACCAUUUUCCCCAUGCUAAUGAGACCAAAGAGUCGGGGGAAAAUUCUCCUCGCCAAUAAUCGUGCAACAUCUAAACCGAGAAUAAUACCAAACUACCUGAACGAUCCCGAGGACGUGAGAAUAAUUGUAAAAGGAAUAAGAGCUGCUAUUGAGGUGAGCAAGACGAGUGCAAUGAAAAAAUUUGGAACAAAAUUAUACGAUACACCAGUUAUGGGCUGCGAGAAGUUCAAGUACGAUUCUGAUGAAUAUUGGGAAUGUGCAACAAGGACCUUCACCUUCACUAUUUAUCACCAUUCUGGUACAUGUAAAAUGGGCCCUGAAAAUGAUACCAAAGCUGUUGUUAAUCCCCGAUUGCAAGUCUAUGGCAUCAAAGGUUUGAGAGUUGUGGACGCUUCUAUAAUGCCAGACAUCAUAACAGGACAUACGAAUAUUCCAACAAUAAUGAUUGCUGAAAAAGCAGCGGAUAUGAUAAAAGAAGAUUGGGGCUAUCCAAUUGAAUAAGUAUAUAAUGAUCAGUAUUAAUUAAUAUCAGAAUUAAUUUAUUAAUUAAUUCAUACCCGCAUUAAUUAAUACUGAAAAAUUAAUUUUAAACUAUGCGUUUUUCUUUUUUUUUACAAACAUUUUUUUUAAACUGUUAUUUAAAAAAAAUACAAGACUGAUGUUUACUAAGAAAAAAAAUUGUAGAAAAAUAAUUAAAUGUAGUUUUUUUUAAGAUAUAGUGAAUUUAUUGAUGAUUAUAGUUAUACUUGAAAGAAUCAAAUUGCAAUCAAAUCGGUACCAAACAUGUGGAUAAUGAAAAAUUUGUAACAAAAUUUAAUUAAAAUAUUUGGUAUCAAAUUUGAUUUGAAUUUUAGUGUAAAAUUUGAUACUUUCAAGAAAACUCUUUAUGAACUAUGGCCCUAAAAUUUCAAACAUUCAAACGAACGAAAUUAUUGUUUUAAAACUUUCGUUGAAUUUUAUUAGAAAAUAUUUUUUUAAAUUUACAACAUUAUUUCUU